AUGUCAUGGCAGGAGCAUCUGCGACACGCCGGAUUUCCCAAUCUUCUCAGGAUGCUGGCAGCAGUACCAGCAUGCGGCAUGUACAUUCUGCUUUGGGCAUGCGCCAGCGAAACAGCUUGCCGAGCCCGGCACCAGCCUUUUUCCCUAGUUGCUGAGAAGGUGCAGGACAAACGUACCCAGCAUGGUCGCGAUCCUUGCUCUGGCUUCUUCUAUCACUCCAGUUCCUUGCAGGCUUCCUCUGCAGCCAAUGUUGCUGCACCACGGGGACGCGCUGUCCCCACAUCAAGCUCUGCGGCACCGCAGGAGUGGUCCCAGGCCACUGCCCAGCGGCCAAGCGCUGGGUUCGGACCUCUCGAUUGCGCUCAAAAUUGGGCGGGGCAUGCAGGUCCAAACCAGCAGAUGACUGCGAUGGCCCCUUCUUUCGAGAAGCCGUCACAUGACUGGCAAGCGGCGGAGGAGCCUGCUCGAAACGGCGGCAUGCCAUAUGUGCAUUCAGUGCCAAGCAUGUCUGAGCGCAGUGUGCCGAGCCGCCCUGCGCCCAUGCGCAACGACACCCCGAAGGUGGGAGCUUUCAUCCCCUGCGAAGGCUCUGACGAUUCUGCCGCCGCUUGCAGCAACAGCAACAGCCCCAACGAGGUGCCGCCGCUUCCAAUGCUUUUGGGCAAUCUACGGAGUGUCGAAAAGCCUCCGAAGGAGUCUAUGUGGCGCCAGGAAGUGAACCAACAAGCCCACCUCUUCCUUCCAGGUGCGCGGGCCGGCUCGGAGACGUUGGGCAUCACAGACUUCGAAGCCAAGCCUGAGGAAGCAGCAGAGCUGCUUGGUCCAGAUGGCUUCAGAAGAGUGGAGAAGCUCCAGUGGCUGCAGAAGCGCGGACGCAGGUACACGAAGGAGGCGCAGGCCAAGAAGCACCUCAAUGUCUUCCACACCCUGCGCUGGCGCCCAAAUUGGCUUCGAAACUACCCAGUCGCCGAACAUUACCCGCUGCUUGUUGAGCAGGCUGUGCGGAUCUGGGCUCACCAGCCACUUGCAGCCACUGAGGUGGUACCGCUGAAUCCUGGAUUAGCCACUUCCGUGCCCGAGCUUUCGAUUCAUCAUCGAGAGCAUGGUCGUUCCAGCCGGCAAUGGAAGGGCACAAAGCGCUUUGCCCAGACCUUUGCGCUGUGA